CUUUAUUCGUAAAAGCAACAAGUUGACAAUUGUAGUAUGUGCAAACAUGGGCAAGAUUGAAAGAAAAUCCACAGCUGUUUAGAGUAUACCAAGAUGACCCAAACAUCAAGCAGGUGUUUUUAGCAGCUUGAAUGGAGUCUAACAAUGGAGGAAGCAGAGGUCAUUGACAUUGACGACCUUCUGGGAUCUUCAGCACCAAUUGAGCAGCAAGAUGCAGAAGAAUAUAAUUUUGAGAAUUUCUUCACUGAGGGAGAGACUCCACAGGACCCUAACCCAACCACCUUGAUAUCCAUGCCACCACCUCCCAAAAAUAUUUCAACACAAGGUGGUCACAAGCAACAAACUUUAGCAUCUGGAAGCAAUCAAUCCAAGCAAGGACCUUGGAAAGCCUCCCUGGAAGAGGAUUUUAAGAAGUUCUUUCUGUCUUCCAAAUCGUCCAAGAGGAAGUUGAAGGAACCAGGCAACAACAAUGUGACUUGGGAGAAAGACCCUGGUGGCAAGAACCAUGACAAUGAAGACUUCUCGGAUGCUAAGGUGGCUCAAAACGAAGCUCUCCUGGAUGCCUUAGUCCAGGGUGAAUUGUCAGAUGCUGUGUUAUCUGAUGAGGAGCUCUGCAUUGAUGUUAACUCGGAGGAACUCAGGCAGUUCAUCUUGGAGUUUGAAACCAGUGGCAAGGGAAAUGGAGAUAAACCGCACGACGUUGCAUCUCCUGGAAAGGCAAAAGCAAAACAGGGUAUUGUUAUAAAUCACAGACAUGUCCAGAGUGAGGACCAAGAAAGCCUGAACUCCUCCAUCAGCACGACAGAGUCCCGAGAUGGCAGCUUGACGUCCAGUCUGGCAUCCAGCGACCUGUCGCCGAUCAGGACCAAACAGAAGGUCCCGCGGGGGAAGAGUGUCCGCUUCCUCAUGUCCAAUCUCCUGAGGAACAACAAGGCCCAGCAUCAUCCCACCAACUGCGCCUCAGGAUCAGACGAAGAUUCCAAGGAGACAAGGAGGGCUCCGGCCAAAACAAAAGAGAAGACCAAAAGGAGAGACAAAGAAGAGAAAGAGCGAGACCGAGUCACUAAACAGCAGGCCAAGAUCGCAAAGACUCAGAUGUACUCAGCAGCCUCAACUAAUAAAGCCGCAGCCCAUCUGGCCCCACUGAGACAAGGAGACAGGGCACCAGAUGGAGGUACACAACCCUUGAGCCAGGUACCAUCGGUUACCGUAGCAACACCACUCAGUACUGAGACCAGAGACAAUACCCUGCAUAAGCAGCUGAUACAAGCUGCAGCGCGUGGCGACCUACAGGUUCUGGAGUUCUUGCUGGCGGCCAAUGAAGGUCUUUCGGAGGUGCGAGACAGUCGAGGCAACACGUUACUUCACGCAGUCGCCAGGCGAGGUCACGUUGAUUGUCUGGCCUGGCUGGCAGAAGGACCCUGCUCUGAAAUGUUGUCAGUUGAGAAUGACGAUUGCUUCACUGUGGCUGCCUUGGCUGUCAAGCAUGGUCAGGUGGACUGUGUCAAGUGCCUUGUCCAGCACUCGGGGGCAGCCUCGGAACUACACCCUCCAGACCACCGCUGGUCACUGCUUCACCUAGCUGCCCGCUUUGGCCAGGAAGCCUGCCUACGCUGGUUGCUAGAAUACAUGCAGAUGGAGGAUAUCUCAGUGGACCAAAGAGAUCAUAGCAACAACAGCCCUGCUCACCUCGCUGCCAAAUAUGGCUAUCUUCAAUGCUUACAGACACUGGUGGAGUUCAAUUCUGAUGUGACUUUACUCAAUAAGAAGAAACAGUCACCCUGCACACUGGCAACAAGGUAUCACCAUGACACCUGUGCUCAGUUUUUGGUUGUCGUGGAAACCUGUAUCAAGCUCUCCAAUGAGCUUACCUUGACCCAGCGGAGACUGAGAGAAAGCCAACAGGAGAAGGAGAUAUUGGCCAAAAAGCUUAGGGAGGCGAUGUCAUGCACUGACGCCCUCGUUCAUAUGCAGAAGACUGACCUCUCCCAACAAAUUGAGCAAAUCCAAGGAGAGUACGUUGACCUGACCAACCUGUUAGUCCAUCAGCUAGACCAGAUGCACCGGCACCAGACUGAUUCCGGCAGCCAAUCAGCAUCCUCAUUCAGGGAGGAAUUGACAGUGUCCAAGCAGAAAGCCAGUCAACUAGAACAGGCCUGCUCAGAGCUCCUUGAAAUGGACCAAGAGCAACAGCAAGAUGCCGCCAACAGGAACCAGCUGCAAGAGAUUGAGAGGAGACUGAGCCGAUUACAGCCCCUACCAACCAGCCCCAUAUGGCCCACGCCACCUGCUGAGCUUCAUCCUGGCCUGGCAUUAGACUCCAUGAGGGCUCGUUUGAGUGAGGUUAACCAGCAGAUAUCCACUCUACACCACCCAAGCCCUAGUCUGGCGUCAGACAACCUUGACACUCUCAGCCUCAGCAGCAGCUACACCUCCUCCCUCAGUUCAUCCUCAUCUUCCCUGCCUACGGGUGUGGUACAGUCUUCCCCCGCUCACUCAGCUAAGAAGCACAAGACGUCAUGGAACGAGGAACUAUCCCCGAGGGGGACGUUGGCCAGCAAAGGCAAAACAGACAGGACACAUCGUGAUUUACCAAAGCCUCAUAAGGCACAUAGCCCAACAAUCAGGAGUACUGGACCAGAGCUGAGUGACCCGGUCAGAAAAGCUGAGGGUCAAAGGUUAAAUCUUCCCUGCUCGUCGGACUUUGGGGAAAAGAAUGACACCAGUGUGCAAUAUGUGAAAAGAGGUUUGACGGGGCAAAGUAAUGAAACCAUCCAAAAGUCACAACCACAGCAAUCUCAAGCCAAUAUUCUUCACGUUAAAGCCUCUGUGGAACCCUUGCCUCAAAAUAAAGGUCACAGCAGCACAUCAACUGUUGGAAAAAACCUGCCUAAGGAAUUCAGUUCUUCAGAAGACGAUGCAGACAAGACUAGCCCCUCACCUCCAUCUUACGAGGAGUCCUGCUCAAGACAGUCAAGAAACCUCCUCAGAGUGGAGUCUUCCAUCAGGGCAAAAGAUACAACUGAGAUAUUAGAUCCUGUCCUGCAAAACGAAGACGAGGAUGAACACUGCCCUGACCAAACAGGUCAAACAUCAUCUCAGAGGAGAACGGCUUCAUCAGGGACAGAAGAGCCUGGAAGCCCUACUCAGUACUUGCUCCCUGCAUUUGAUAGACCUCAGCCAAUCUCAGACAACCUCCACCAGAUCUCGACCAGGCAUUAUUCGAUGCAGCAGAAGUACUCACAGCAGGCCAUGCCAGGCUUCAUGAGGAAAGUCCAGCCCACCAACGAGUUUGGCGAGCCUGAAUCAGGGAAGGUCAUUGUCAAGAUCAGCAAUCGGGAAGAACUGGUGCUCCUUCCAUCGCAAGCCAAUAAGGCCCAGCUGCCGUCCGCUCACCAGCGACUUGGGUCCAAUUCUAGUGUCAGUAGCUUAUCCUCGGACCAUCCCUGGUCAGAAAGUGACCCUGAUGAGUCCCCCCGCCCCACAAGACAACCUCAGCGAGGGGGAAUCCUCUCAAAGAAAUCCCAGAACAAGAAGUCGCAAGAUAAGCACAUCACAUUUGCCCUAGACGAGGAGUUAAAACUAGAACCAGGAACGUCUUCUCUGAACAUUAAGCCUCCCCUCAACAAGCGACGGGACCUAUCACCAAUCUACGAGGCUCCAGAUUUAGUCAAAUCCACCAAUGAUGAUCCCAAGAGUCAACAGAGGGAACCUCAGAAAAGUGACAAGCUAGAUGAAAGUUCUGGCACGCCUAGUGUCAAGAAAUCUAGUGAGUCCUCAAAUCCUAAGGACAAGUCACCAAUCGGUGGGAGAAACAGCCGACUCUUCAGCUACAGCAGUGACGAGGGUGAUCAUGAGGGACUGGAGAGUCACAGACCACAGAAGCCAUCACCACGGCAUGAAGCACAGAAUCAGAAAUAUCUUAAGGGCCUGUGUAUUAGGUAUGAGAGUUCUGACAGUGAAGAUGAUGCAGAGGAUCAGCAUUCCAACGCCGGUUCCUCUAGCGGCUUUGAGCGACACAUUUGCUACCUGUAA